AAUAACCCGGCCCUCUCCUUUCGUCACCAUCACAUCCAGCCAGCCAACAAAAAUGUCGCGCGUCACAGCUGCGGUGCUCUUUUACAUCCUCGCCGUUGCUGCCCUCAGCGCGGCCGAGGCCCCGGCAGAGUCACCGAAGGAAGGCAGUGCUGCCAAGGCACCUGAGGCUGCCAAGAGAACUGCUGCCCCCGCUGAAGCACCCGGAGCCGCGUCCACCCCCGUCGCCGCCGCUGCCCCAUCAUCGUCGUCUAGGAAGUCUGGUCCAGCUACCGCGCCAGCCACCGCCUCUACACCCCCUUCUUCCACGGACGAGGAGUUGAGCCCUUCCCCGCCAGCAUCCACCGCCGCGGCGUCCCCUGCGGCUGAGGGACCGGCUGCUGAUGACUCCGCCGGUGCUGCUGCCCUUGGAAGUGGAGCUGCCAUCGCCGGCGUUGCCGCUGCUGUUGCUACCAUGAUCUUCUUCUACUAAACUCACCGACGAUGGUCGUGUCGCGGUGAGACAUUAGGGUGGACACGUAAUUGGCUGUGCUGUAAUCGCUCUCGUCUGGUGGGGAGGGAGGGACCAAGUGUUUCUUUGCUUUGCUCACUUCGUUUGCUCUUGUAACAUUAUGGGGUCAACCGUUAUGUAACUAAUGGAUUUGAUUAA